AACGAGAGAAAGCAUUUAGCAAAAGCAAAAACAUGUCAAACAAUUCUUCCAAGAGUUUUUGCUUGUUAGGGUUUCCAUUGAUUCUUAUUCUUCUUCUAAGCUUCUUACUUUUUUCUUCGUUCCCUAAUAAUGAAUCUCCACCUCAACAGUUCUUCUCUUCACUUACUAUGUCCUCUCUUCUUGUUCACACAAAUGCAUUACAAUCCUCAUCUUCUUCUUCUUCGUUAUACUCUCCUCCGAUUACCGUAAAGAGAAGGAGCAAUCUUGAGAAAAGAGAAGAAGAGUUGAGGAAAGCAAGGGCUGCAAUUAGAAGAGCCGUCAGGUUUAAGAAUUGCACGUCCAACGAAGAAGUUAUUACUUAUAUCCCCACAGGCCAGAUCUACAGAAACUCAUUUGCCUUUCAUCAGUUAAGUUUAUACUUUUGAUUACAUUUUCUUUUGUGAUGACUACUUAUAAAUAAAUAUAUAUUUUAAAUUUUUGUAACCUUUGAAAUUUUACUAAAAACUUUGAGUUCACUAAUAUACAAUUAAUUAUUAUUAUAUAUUUACAAUUAUAUUUAUUUAAGUUUUGUAAUUUUAUAUAUAUCAACAUACAAAUAUUAUAACCCCUUAAUAACAAAGUACUUUAAAAGUUAAAACUAUUUAUUCAAUGUAACCUAUAUUAUUGAACAACAGUUUGAUCGUUUGAAUCAGUGGAAACCAUAAAAACCAAUAAAACAAUUUACACAAUUUCAAAUAUAUGAUGCAUUUGUCGUAUUUUGACAACUUUUAAGACUGUCAAUAUCAAAAUAAAAUUACUUUGAUGAUAAAACUAUAGAUGAUACUACUAUACCAUAGUUUGAAAACAUAACACAACAUAUUUAAAAAUAUUAUUCUUAUAUAUUAUUUUACUGAAUUUUGUUAAUUUUUACGUUUUGAAUCCAUUUUUUUUAUCAUCUUAAGAUGUUAUAUGCAUGAACCAAGAUUAAUAGUAUAUAAGAGAUUGCCUAAUUGCCUAACUUGAAGGUAUUUCACCAAACUUUCCACUGUUUUGAAAAAAUUGAGUGCAAGUCAUUCUCACUCAGUGUUACGGAACCACGGAAUAUGCAAAUUUAAUUGAACUUUCAACUCUACCAUUUCUUAAUUAAUUAAUUAAGACGUCAAUUUGCCUCAUUUGUUAUAUCACAUAAUUCAUAAUAUGCCAAAUUUAAUUAAACUUUCAACGCUUCCAAUUUUUUAUACUUUUAAAUUAAUUUAGAAGCCAAUUUGCUUAAUUUGUUAUAUCACAUAAUUCAUAAUAUAACAAAUUUAAUUGGACUUUCAACGUUUCCAUUUCUCUAUUUUUUUUGUUAAUCCAAAAUAAAAAUAUUAUAACACUCUUUCUUUCUAGUUUUGAUAUCUCGAGGAAGAGUAUUGGAAUUCUUUUAUUUUCGGUCAACUGAGAUAUAUUGACAUUUUGACCCACUCACAAAUUUAUGUUAAAAGGCCUUAGACUAUCACGAGCGCCUGCGAGAAUAGUUUCUCAUAUUCAAAAAUAUUUCAUAGCCCGCGAACAUGUUCGUUGGUAACUAAAAGAAUAAAUCAUAAUGAUCUUUUCACAGAAAAUCGACGAGAAUCAUGGGAGAAAGGGGUCGAUUUAGGCUCCUUCCCUUCCACUGCAUAGCUUCUGCUUAUCGCGUGAACGUGUGCAAUUUUGAUUAGAGGAGCAAGCUUGGGAACGGGAGGCUAGGGCGCAAGAGCACACGCGAGAGAACCUUGCCUUGUGGGUGUCCGAUGCACUACCGCUCGCCCCUGUAGCAGGGUUUAUGACCCAACUUGCCCACGAAAAAACGAAAAACUUUGAUUACAAAACCCUAAACUCAUUGAAAUUAUCAAGCAGAAAGAAGCAGAAAGAAGUAUAUUGUAAUUUGGGUCGUUUAAAUCUCACACUUAUAUUCAAUAGAAGAUUAAAUUUUCAAAAAUGCUUCAAAUCACAUUUUCUAAGAAGUGCUUAUAUUUGAAAAAUACUUGGGUGAAUCCAUUCAUUCACCCCUUUUUCAUUAACCAAUUAGAAUUUGACAUGUCAUUUAUUUAAAGAAUAAAGAAAUUAAAAUCAAUAAAAUAAAAUAAAUUAAAGAAACAAAUUCUGUAGAAUUUAAUUUAUUAAGGAAAUUAUUGGUUUGGGUUUUUAAAAUAGUGUUUAGGGAUAAGAUUUUAUAAAUAAACAAAUUUAUAUUUUGGUUUGGGUUGAUAAAAUAGUGGUUAGGGUUACGAUUACGUGAUUAAAAGAAUUUAUAUUUUGAUUUGGGUCGAUAAAAUUGUGGUUAGAGUUUAGAUUUUGUGAUUAAAAGAAAUAAUAUUUCGGUUUGGGUCGAUAAAAUAGUGGUUAGAGUUUAGAUUUUGUGAUUAAA